UUGUCAAUAUGUGAGGAGCCGAGGCUAACUAACACUGCUAGCGCUAAGUUCGACAGAACACAGUCAUUAUAAUAUACCUUUAUUGCAUACAUACAAUACGUCUAAUUUUACUUACCUACAUUGUUAUUUAUCUGUUUCUUUUAAAAACAUGGCUGCUAAAGUACCACAAUUUGACCCUCCGUCAUCAGCAAGUUCCGACAGUGAUGGUGGUGAGGCUAGAGUAGAUUAUCAUGAAGUAUUCUCUGAAGACGAUGGUUUGGAAGAAGAGGAAGCUCAAGCUGGUGAUUAUUAUGUUUCACCUGCGUCUCCGAGUACAGUGCCUUAUGUUACCCGUCCGGCAUCAACAGGUUCACAAAAAUCGCCAAGAUCUAGGAGACAACGUACUACAUCUUUAUCUCAGUCAGCUACAAAAACAACAACAGAAUCUAUAAUACGAAGUCAAACAAGAACAAUUUAUACUGCUGGACGGCCUCCUUGGUAUAAUUCAGCUGGACAACAUGUGGAGCCUUUUGUUAUAGGUAUUUGUGGUGGAAGUGCAUCAGGCAAAACAACAGUUGCAACAAAAAUUAUAGAAUCAUUGGAUGUACCAUGGGUGACAUUGUUAAGUAUGGACUCAUUUUAUAAAGUGCUUAAUGAGAAACAGCAUAUUCUUGCUGAGAAUAAUGAAUAUAAUUUUGAUCAUCCGGAUGCAUUUGAUUUUGAAUUAUUAUUUGAAGUAUUACAACGAUUAAAACAUGGUAAAAAAGUGGAAGUUCCCGUUUACAAUUUUGUUACACACAGCAGAGAAAAUAGAACGAAAACUAUGUACGGUGCAAAUGUAAUUAUAUUUGAAGGAAUUCUAACAUUUUAUAACAGCGAUGUAAGCAAAUUAUUAGAUAUGAAAAUAUUCGUUGAUACAGAUGCUGAUGUGAGGCUUGCCAGACGAUUGAAAAGGGAUAUUUCACAACGUGGUCGUGAUUUAGAAGGUGUAUUAAAACAGUACUGUACAAUGGUACAACCAUCAUUUAACUAUUACAUAGCUCCAAGUAUGGUACAUGCUGAUAUCAUUGUACCUCGUGGUGGGGAUAACGAAGUUGCUAUUGAAUUAAUUGUACAACAUGUUCAUACACAAUUACAGCUUAGAGGCUUUAAAUUACGUGAAAAACUAGCCCACUCGUAUAUUGGACAACCAAUGCCAGAAAAUUUAUUACUACUACCAACAACACCACAGAUACGCGGUUUACAUACAUUUAUUAGAAAUAGAGAAACAUCACGAGAUGAAUUCAUAUUUUAUUCAAAACGCUUAAUACGUCUUGUGAUCGAAUACACGUUGUCAUUGUUACCAUUUCAAAAUGUUACAGUUGAUACACCACAAGGUGUUUUGUAUCAAGGUAAACGUGGUGCUAGUAAUAAGGUAUGUGGUGUGUCAAUUUUACGUGCUGGUGAAACAAUGGAGCAAGCUGUCUGUGAUGUUUGUAAAGAUAUACGAAUUGGAAAAAUAUUAAUUCAAACGAAUUUAAUUACUGGUGAACCAGAGUUGUAUUAUCUUCGUCUUCCCAAAGACAUCAAAGAUUACAAAGUAAUAUUAAUGGAUGCAACAGUAGCAACAGGUGCUGCGGCCAUGAUGGCAAUACGAGUAUUAUUAGAUCAUGACGUAGCCGAAAGUAAUAUCUAUAUAGUAUCAUUAUUAAUGGCUGAAUCGGGUGUGCAUUCAAUUGCGUAUGCAUUUCCUAAAGUACAAAUUGUAACGACUGCUGUAGAUCCAGAAAUCAACGAGAAAUUUUAUGUACUACCGGGUAUUGGAAAUUUUGGAGAUCGAUAUUUUGGUACUGAACCAUGUGAUGAAAUCAUUGUUGUUCAAUAAUUUUGUUUUGUGUUAUUUAUUUUCAUUAUCUUCGAUAAAGCGUGGAAGUAAGCAUGA